AUUCAGUACAUGCCUAAAUGAAAUCUUCUUGACGUAUCACUUCAUCAUUCUCGAUCUCGCUCUCCAGACGCAGACAAUGGUCUCACCCCCUCUCAUGAAGAAGGUGCCAGGCAAUUCCAGCACAGCAGCACGCUACAAUCGACGACUCUGGCUUUGGGGUGCGAUGGUCUCCGUUAUUGCGCUGGUGUCGCUCCUCAACCUUUUCGAGAGCUUCAAGUCGUUCCGACCUAUCACGGCGUCAACUAGCUCAAGCAGCAACAUUGACAGUAUUGAGUCCAUUGACACUAAAGGACUACAGAUGUAUCCAUUUGGGAUUCGGCAGUAUCAUAAAGCUAUCCACCACCUCGUUCAAGAAGAGGAGAAGAUCGCGUCAGCGGAAUGGACUCCUAAUAAGGGGUCCAAAGAAGAGUGUCAUGCUAGGGACUACGGGCUGCUAGAACGGCUACGCAGCUCUUCACAAUUGUUUUGUAGCGAAAGCGAUAACAGCAGCUCGCCGUACACGUUUUAUCACGUGUCUGAAGCGGGUUUGAGUGCUACAACACUCAAGAACUUUGUGUUGGACAUCCGGGGCACACAAGUGGCCAAGGAUAUUGACAGUUUGGCGGAUGAUGGAAGCGGUCACGACCCGCGGUUUAAAUACAUGAAGAACUCGACGUUUUGUAGUUGUUCGGGGCCGCAAGAUCACGCACACGGAGCUCCAAACAUCUGGAAGGAUUUCUUUGUUGGUGGACCUGGUGGGGAUGAUCCCGUAUGUAAAACUACUGCUAUCGACGAGAAAAGUAUGGGCGAUAAGCUGACAUUGAAUCGUGCAGUGGUGCUGGUGCGGAGAGAUGAUCAUAACCCAUUUUUCCAGAUCUCUGGGAUGUUAAACGCGUGGAUAAUGAUGCAGACUAUCGGGCGGGAAAGAAACACCACGCAGCUCGUUACAUUCGAUCGCGCUUUGCCGACUCCUGUUGACGAACUCCGACAUGCUCUUUUAGGGCCUGAACGUAUUAUUAUCAGUGGAGAGGAGUUCCAGAAUCGAGUUGUGUACCUUGAAUCGGCUCUUUUGGUUCCGUACGAAGCCACAGGUCCGCUUAUGAAUCAUCUAGACGACAACCAACCCUGUUAUGCCAAUGGUAUGAUCAAAGACUUCAGAGAGUUAUCACUCAAAAGCUUAGGAGUAGCUCCGCACAACGCUAAGAGUGACCCAAAACGGUGUCUUGUUACCGUCAUCUCACGGAGACCUUACGGUGGACGUCGUGUCCAGCGCAUAUGGCAGAAUGAAGACGAAAUUCUACAACGAAUGCGUGAGGAUUAUCAAGACGCCUAUCGGUACGGAGAGUGCGAGUUCCAAUCUCUAGAGUUCACGAAAAUGACGAUGCAAGAUCAAAUGAAGGCCAUGCUGGACAGCGACGUAGUGAUCGGAAUGCACGGCGCUGGAAUGGUCAACGUCUUAUGGACUCGUCCUGAAACAUUGGUUAUUGAAAUAUUCCCUCGACGACGAUAUCGCUGGGGAUAUCGCAAUAUUUGUCAGUUCAUUGGCUGCAAGUGGCAUGAUUUCCGCAGAGGAAGAGAUAUAAAGAUCCGCACGUUGGAUCCAAACGAUAUGGACAAAUUCAUCCCGUAUCCAGAGUGGAAGAGCUUCUUCGACUCACUAUUUCGAAACGUAGUGGACGACCUGGAGCAGAAAGUUCAAAUUGGAGAAGAGUGAUGGCAUACGCGCACAGAACCUUAUAUCUAAAUGAAACACGUUGAAUGGUGGUGUGUAUGAUGGGUG